CGGAAUCUUAUUUUGGUGUCAGGUUGUCUGCAUCAGAAUGUUUGGUACCAUCAGAAGAGCUGUGUUGCAAAAUCCUAGCAGGGUUUUCACAGCCCUGCAAGCCCAAUGUGGAAGAGUAAUGUCGGGUAUGUCAACAGACUCUGUGCCAUUUGAUGAGGAAGCGGGAGACUUCAAAGAAAGGCGACAGGAAAGAGGAUUAAACAGAGUGCAACUGAUUGGGCGAAUUGGCAGAGAUCCAGAGCACAGGGGCACAGACGAACAUCCUUGCAUUGUAUUUCCAUUGGCUACGAACCUUUCUUUCCGAAAAGCCAGCACAGGGGAACUGAUGUCAAAGACUGACUGGCACAGAAUUUGUGUGUUCAGACCAGGACUCCGAGAUAAUGUUGCAUCAAGGAUUGCCAAAGGGGACAGAGUGAUGGUGGAAGGUUCACUAUCAUAUCAGAGAUAUACAGACAGCGACAGACCAGUAAAUAUUACUUCCAUACUUGCAGAUGACAUCAUGAUUCUGGCCAGGAGGCGAAAUCAGGAACAAGAAGGAGAUGAUGUUUAGGUCAUGAGACAAGACAUCGUUACAUUAAUAUUUGUAAGGAUUCAUUUUUAUUUGUUAAAAUAAAUCAAAUGUGUUAUCGGG